AAACUUGUUUGGGUUCUCCCUACCCCACCACAAAAAUCAGUUAAAAGGGCUAGUUUGCUACUGAAUAUGGCUAUGCAAAAUCUUUUCUUUGACUUCAAGGAUGACACAGUUGACUGUGCACUAAAGAAACUGGAGGAUAACGGGGUUAAACAACCGAUCCUGUUGCGCAUAUCUGAUGGAUAUUAUAUAAAGGUUGACAACACAUUUAUAACAUUGCCUUUUUGCAGCUGUUUUAUGGAGGCAUUGGAGUUUUUAUUUAUGUCUUUUUAUGUUUUUGCUGUGGAAUAUCCGACCGAAUUAAGAUUUUUUUAUGGCUUUUUGGAGAAAGUCAUGGGACUUAAAUGUACUGUGAAAAGUUCAACCGUUGCUGAUUUGUUUACAAACAUAGCUUUUCUUACAAAUGUAUAAAUCUCUUUAAAUCCCAGGUGGGUUUAAAAAUGCUUUAUUCAUUUUUUUUUAAUCUUUAAGAUGUCUAUUAUUUGUAUAUCAAUAUUAAUUAUAAAGGAUUUUUUUGUUAGAGAUAACUAUUAAAAUUUAUUUCCAAUAUUUUUUUAAUUUACUAAUUAUAAUUGAUUCUUUUUUCAU